AUGGCGGCAGUCACACAGAGUGCUGGGCACACAAUAGAAACCAUCACUGGGUAUAAUCUUCAGACAAUUAACGGCAUCAUCUUUGUUAGCGGCGAUGGUAUGUACCACACCUUGUUAAAUGCUCUCUUCAAAAGAAUGGCAAUUGAAUCGGGCAAGGAUUUAAAUGAUCCCAACUAUGAACCGCCAGAGUUAACUGUGUCUGUUGGACAUAUUCCAUGUGGCAGUGGAAACAGAAUAGCUUUUGGAGCUAAUGGAUGUUUUGACGUAGCAACUGCAGUAUAUGCUAUAGUUUUGGGGUUCAAAACAAAGAAUAAUAUUUUCAGUGUGUAUUCGGGCAAUGAGUUUAUUGCGUAUGCAUUCGUGUUGGUCAGUGGAAUAUGGUCAGACUUGCUGACACUCAGCGAAGGAAGGCGUAGUAUGGGCCAAAUUAGGAUACCAUUGUCGACGAUCCAGCAAUUCUUAAUCAAGAGUCAGAGAGUGGCAGACUUAACCUUAAAAUUUAAAGCCGCGGAAAAAUGUUCUGGUCGGAAUGAAACGGCAUUAGAAAGGUUCUUGCGAGAUGAUCGUUACACAAGAAAUACUAAAAAAGAGGCUAGCGAGAGUAACACUCAGGGGAGUGCAACAUUGAGAGUGGUUCGGGGACCCUUUGUUGCUCUUGUUGACCUGGACGUCAUGGUGUCAUCAUUAGUUGACACUUUCCAUACGCCCAAUUAUAAGCCGAUAAGCGACGCGUCACAACUCGUCAUUCACAAGCCGUGCAGCAAAUGGGAGAUGCUGAAAACUGUGUGGAAUAUGGCCUUGAAUAAAAGCCAAUUUGCUGACGAACCGCCAGAGCACGCUUUGUCCUUGUUUGUUAACGAGUUCUCAGUCCAAGUCAACAACCCUAACGAUGCUGAAUCUUAUUUGGGACGUCUUGAACGGACAUUGUCCAUAGAUGGAGAAAUGUUCACCCUGAAGGAACCAGAAUUCACCGCCCGUUAUUACCCCGGAAAAGUUCCAAUCUUUUGCAACAUUCCUGGCGUGACAGGAAGAGUCGGCUGAAGUGUAUAAUUUAUUCCGAUGAAGGCUAUAUGAUGUUUAGAUUGUGGGAAUAAAUGGCCCCAUAUAUAAACGUACAUGAAAAUAACGAUAUUGUACACAUGCGAGUAUAAGUUCCUGUAUUGGUUUGACAAGUUACCAUUUCUCAGCAUGCAGUGUGUGCAGCACUUUAAACAUGUAACUAAAAUCCCAUCAAAACGUUUGUUAUAUUUCUCUGAUUACUAGUAUGUUAUUCACGUUUUCGUAACAAUUUUGAUUCUACAUGUGUAAACGUUUAAUUAUGUUAUUGUUGUAAUUAAUUGCUACAUAUACAUACAAACUGUUGAUGUUUUUCGUUGAAAUCGGUAUUGA